AUGGAGUCUGACCAGAAAGCUUUAGGUGAUGAAUGCAGAGCCACUCUAAUUUUUGUAAAAACAGUAACAGGAAAGAUCUACACAUUUGAAAAUGUUGAAUUGAUUAAUACACUUAAUUAUUUGAAAUCAUUGGUCCAAGAACAAACAGGUAUUAAAAUAGAAAAGCAAAGAUUGAUUUUUAACAUGAAAGAGAUGAAAGCAGAUAUUCCUAUAAAAGACUAUGGUAUAAAGAAUGAAAAUAUUAUAUACCUUGUUGAAAAAGUACAUCCAGAGAGCCAUGCAAAUCCAGCUAAUCAAAUCGAGUUAGUUACGUGCCGAGGUGAUUAUGUUUUGUUUACUGACAUUGAUCUCAAUCUCAAGGUAAAGUAUUUCAAAUACUUAAUUCAAGAACAGGAAGGUACCCCUGUUGAAAAGAUAAGAUUGAUUUUUGCUGGAAAGCAAUUGGAAGCUGAAAUAAAGUUAAAAGAUUAUGGUGUUAAAUAUGGAGACAAAAUUCAGCUUGUUUUAAGAUUAUGUGGCGCAAAACCAGUGAUUUAUUUAUAUCCAAAGGAAGAAAUCGAUGCAAAGGUAAGUAUUCAUCUCAAUGAUGGCGAUUUUUCAUUCGUGUAUCCUUCAUUCGACGAAGAUAACACGUGGAAUGUGAAAGCACUCCCAUCAGGCGAGAUCGUCCAAAUAGGGAAGAAGAUAAGGUAUCUCUUCUGGGAAACACUCUUCUAUCCUAAUCUUAACAUGGACAAAGGAUUCAUCAUCAAAGGCGACGAUAGUGUCUCUUUCUUCGAGGAUAAGCUGAAGUCUAUGAACCUCAACGACGCAGAGAUAUGUGAUUUCGUCACAUACUGGUGUCCGAAGCUUUGUGGAUACAAAUAUGUCAAAGUAUGCUUCCAGUUCGAAAACUUCGACGAGAUGUGUCCAAUGAACGUCGAACCGAAACCAGACAACAUCAACAGAGUCUUCUUCGCAGCUCUCCCUCUAGACAGUCCAUGCGACAUCGAACCACAAGAACUUCCAACAUUCAAUCGUGAUGGUUUCACAGUCAUUGAAUGGGGUGGAACUAUUGUCCCUCAGAAAUAA